CAGCUUGUUUUUUAAUCAGUAACCGUGUGGUCAUUAAGAAAGAAUCACUUUAGCAAGAAAUAAUAUGAAGACUAGUUUGAUACUUUGCGUUUUUUUCUUGAUGGCAUGUUUGGCCACUCAAGGGAAAGCUGAUUGCCCAGGAUUCAAAGAUUGUGGACCUUUAAAAACAGGUGAAAUAUGCACUGAUCAAUGUGUUCCAUAUGAGUGUCAAGCAGAUGGCUCAUACACCUCAUCUGGAUGUGCAGAAUUCCGGUGCAAAAAACAAAUCGGAUAUCAAGAAACUGAUCUUUCUAAACCUUUCCCAGACUGUUGUCCAAGGCCAAUAUGUGGAUAAUUAUGAGAUUAGAUUUUUUAAAAUACUUUACAAACUCUCGAUUAACAUAUAAUAUUUAAUUUGUUUACUUGUGUUUUCUAGAUGUUGUUUAACAAUAAAAAAUACGUGUAUCAAAUAUUUUUAUUUUAUGGAAAUUAAUUGUUGUUCGAGUUAUGUUAAUUUUUAUAUGUUCCGGUAUUAGUUUUUUUUUUUUUUUUUUUUUUAAUUAAUUUAUUUCAUUAAUAAAAAAAAAAAUAAAAUAAAAAAAUGUAUUGUGAUUAUUUUCAUGAGUAAUAUUAUUAAUAAAUUAUUUUUUUUAAUUUUUACCUGAAUUAAAAUAUUCAUCUGAAAACGAGUUUGAUAAGCUAUAAAAAGUAGGAACUUUCUUUUUGUUUUUAAACUUUGCAUUAAAAAUAUGUCAAUAAAUAAAUUACGAAAUAUUGCAAUGUGUCAAUGAAAGAUGUUUCGAGAAGACUUUUUUUAUUUUUUUAAAAUUUUUUCUGCAUGGACACUUUUCGCUAUAAAUACCCAGUUGUAAUUUGAAUCGGAAUCAGAAUUUCAACAACCAUCGAAGACUAAUCAUCUAAAAACACGCAACGUUGUAAAAUGAAGUCUACAAUAAUAUACUGUUUAUUUAUUUUAAUCGCAAUACAAUCCUUUGAAG